AGAAGGGAGCGGAAAAUGCUCGAAACCGGACGGAGCCAUUGCUCUCGCAGAGGGAGGAGCGCUUCCGGCUAGCCUCUUGUCGCUGAUUGGCCGUUUCUCCUCCCGCCGUGUGUGAAAACACAAAUGGCGUAUUCUGGUUGGAGUAAAGCUCCUGUCAGUUACACCGUCGGGAGUGCGCAGCCGCUUAGCGACUCUCGCGUUGCCCCCUGGGUGGGGCGGGUAGGUAGGUGGGGUGGAGAGAUGCUGGGUGUGCGGGCGCGGCCGGCCUCCUGCGGCGGGAGGGGAGGGUCAGUGAAAUUGGCUCUGGCGCGGGCGUCCUCCCACCCUCCCCUUCCUUCGGGGGAGUCGGUUUACCCGCCGCCUGCUUGCCUUCGACACCUGAUUGGCUGUCGAAGCUGUGGGACCGGGCCCUUGCUACUGGCUCGAGUCUCACGUGAGCGAAACCACUGCGCGGGGCGCGGGGGUGGCGGGGAGGCGGGCGUUGGUACGGUCCUCCCCGAGGCCCAGCGCCGCAGUGUCUGGCCCCGAGCCCCUGCGCAACGUGGCAGGAAGCGCGCGCUGGAGGCGGGGGCGGGCUGCCGGCCGAGACUUCUGGAUGGCGGCGGCCGCGGCUCCGCCCCGGGUUCCCACCGCCUGAAGGGCGAGACAAGCCCGACCUGCUACAGGCACUCGUGGGGGUGGGGGAGGAGCGGGGGUCGGUCCGGCUGGUUUGUGGGUGGGAGGCGCUUGUUCUCCAAAAACCGGCGCGAGCUGCAAUCCUGAGGGAGCUGCGGUGGAGGAGGUGGAGAGAAGGCCGCACCCUUCUGGGCAGGGGGAGGGGAGUGCCGCAAUACCUUUAUGGGAGUUCUCUGCUGCCUCUCGUCUUGUAAGGACCGCCCUGGGCCUGGAAGAAGCCCUCCCUCCUUUCCUCCUCGCGUGAUCUCGUCAUCGCCUCCAUGUCGAGUCGCUUCUCGAUUAUGGGCGGGAUUCUUUUGCCUAGGCUUAAGGGGCUAACUUGGUGCCUGGGCGUUGCCCUGCAGGGGAGUGAGCAGCUGUAAGAUUUGAGGGGCGACUCCGAUUAGUUAUCUUCCCACGGACUCGAGUUGGUGUCGAGGUUAUUGUAAUAAGGGUGGGGUAGGGAAAUGGAGCUUAGUCAUUCACCUGGGGCUGAUUUUAUGCAACGAGACUGCGGAUUAUCACUGCUUAUCAUUUUUGGAGCAUUUUUCUAGAGACAGACAUAAAGCAUGAUCACCUGAGUUUUAUACCAUUUGAGACCCUUGCUGCACCACCAAAGUGUAGCAUCAGGUUAAAUCUUAAUAGAAAAAUUUUAGCCUUUGCUUGAGAAACCAGUGCUUCCCUCCCUCACCCUCUCUCCCCAGGCUCUGUACCCCUUUGCAUCCCUACCAGGCAUCUUAGCAACUCUCACUCAUACUUGAUCCCAUUUUCCAUUUGUUGUACUUGCUCCUCUAGUAUUCAGACAUAGCACUAGCUUUCUCCCUCUCUUGAUCUUGGGUAGCCUGGUGUCUCGCGAAACCAGACAGAUUGGUUCCACCACAAAUUAAGGCUUGAGCUGGGGCUUGACUCUUACCCAGCAGUGCUUUUAUUCCUCCCUAGUUCACGUUCUUAAAUGUUUACCUUGAUUUUCAUUUUAUCCUUUUUCCUUAUCUGGGAUUCUAUCCCUGACCGUCUUCACAGUUCAGGUGAUCUUGACUACUGCUUUACAGAGAAUUGGAUCUGAGGUUAGGCAACAUCUCCCUUUUUCUUCCUCUAAAUACCUCUCAUUUCUGUUCUUACCAGUUAGUAACUGAUCUCAGAUGCCUGUGUGAUAGCUUCCAAAUUGCUGUCUCUGUCCUUAGGGUUAUCUUUUGAUCCAUCUUACAUCUUGUUAGGAUGGUUGUCCUAAAGGAAGAUAGAGCAUGAAAAUGACAGAUGAAACUCCAUUACUGGCUUGUACUGUUUACAGCAAGUUGUCUAACCCGCGGGCCGCAUGGGACCCAGGACAGCUUUGAAUGCGACCCAACACAAAUUCGUAAACUUUCUUAAAAUUUUAGGAGUUUUUUUUGCGGGGUGUUUUUUUUGUUGUUGUUGUCUGUUUUUUUUUUUUUGCUCAUCAGCUGUCCUUUAUAUGUGACCCAAGACAGUUCUUGCAGUGUGGCCCAGGGAAGCCAAAAGAUUGGACACCCCUGGUUUACAGGAUGAAUUCUGUCCUCGUGAAUGUGAUGCAUAAGGUCCCUGGAUAGACUUUCCUCAAUUUAACAGCUUUUUCAUUUUUCACUAUUUUCCACAUACUACACAAACAAACAUGACCUCUCUCCUGAAGUCACAUGGAAUGAAUUGCAGUUACCCAAAUCAUAGAGACAUCAUAUAUCUUUGUGGGGUGGUUCUUUUUGGAAUGCUACCCUUGCUGCUUUUAAUCCUGCAGAUUCAAAUGUCAUCUCCCCUUUGGUCAUGCCUUCCAUGGUCUGUUGUUCUAUGAGCCAAACUCCCCUUUUAAAAAAGCAGUUUUCUUCUGACUCUUGAGCAGUUUGUACUGCGUGGGUCAUAGUACUUCUGGGGUUGUUGUCAUUGCUGAUUUAAAUUACCUUAACUAUUCUGAGCUUUUUGAAGGAACAGUGUCUUGUACUCCUGAGCUCCUAGUAUACUCUGAUGUCUAGCCAACUUUAAGUAAAUGGAGUGAGCGACAUGUAAAUGUCUUUAUGGUUUGACAUUUUAUUAAUCUUGAGCAUUGGAAAAGUGGCUGGUAUGACUAAAGAACUGAAUUUUUAUUUUUUAUCUAAUUUGAAUUGCAACUGUGGACAGUGUAGCUGUAGCCCCGGACUUGUUCUGUGGAUUACAGAAUACGUGGACAUUGAUGGUUUUCUCUUUUUACUGAGCAGUAAGGAAAUAAAAGCUGAAGCUCUCUGGCCCAUUACACUUCAUUUAACUGCUUGUUUUGUUUUAUUUAUUAUAUAUUUAGCUGAAAGCUAAGUCCAACAAACCAUUUUUAAAGAUGUGCCUGCCUUGGACAACAGUGAAAGCAAGUGUUAAUGAGUUUGGAUUUCAAAAAAAAAUGCAUAAUGAAUUUUAGGGAGGUGAGAUUCCAUUAAACUGUUACAGGAGCUACAUAGUUAAAUAUAUCAGAACUUGAAUGAAGAAUAGGUCUGUGUGAUACAAAUGAACCCAGCCUAAAUUUCUGUCCUACAAGUUUUCACUUCCUGGAAACACUUGAUUGGAGGAGCUCUAAGCAUCAUAUCUUGAGUUAUAGAAAACAAUCACAAAGUAAGUUUUAUCCUGAGGAAUUAUAAUACCAACAUUUUAACACCAAAUGCUUUUUAUAUUGCUAAUACAGUAUCUUACACAUUUUAAUUUUCUUUUUUUUUUUUUUGAGACGGAGUCUUAGUGUCACAUACUGGAUUGCAAUGGCAUGAUCAUGGCUCACGCAGCCUUGACUUCCUGGGCUCAAGUGAUCCUCCUGCCUCAGCCUCCUGAGUAGCUGGAACUACAGGCACACGCUUGCAUGCCCAGCUAAUUUUUUUGUGUUUUUUUUUUUUUUUUUUUUUUUUGUAGAGAUGGGGUUUUGCUGUGCUGCACAGGUUAGAACUCCUGGGCUCAAGUGAUCUUCCUGCCCUAAGCUUCCCAAAGUCCUGGGAUUACAGGUGUGAGCCACCGCCCUAGGCCAUUAAAUAUACUUUUUAAAAAGACCCUUAGGUCAGCGGUCUUCAGACCUCCUGUGUGUGGAGACAGUUGUCUUAAUGUAGAUUCUCAGAUCACCCAAAAAUUCUGAAUUCUUUUGGGGAAGGUGGAACCCCACAGGGCAGGCAGUAUAACUCAGUAUCUUCAAGUUCAUUUGCUGACUCGGAUAUGCCUAUUUACCUGCCAAAAAUGAUUACAGUUUCAGAGAAACUCUUCUCAAUUGUAUAGUAUGUGACCCUCAAUUUUUCCUCAAAUGAACUGUUUUUUCCUCCUCCUAAAAAAUAACAGAAUGGGAAUUUUGAGAGGCAAAGAGGAAUAGUAAUUAAUAUUUUUGGAAACUUGCAGGUCAGGUUUUCCUUUUAAAAGGAAUGUUGAAAUAUAUUCUUUCGAACAAGAGAAGUUCACCUUAUUUGUGUUUCUCCUGCUUAAUUGCAAUCCUUAAGGAAAGUGAUUUUUCAGUGCCUAAGCACAGAACUGGAAGCUCAAUAAAUGUUAGUUUUGUUGGUUUAUACGUGAAAUUGAUUCUCAAGUAAUAGUUAAGCUCAGAAAACAUAUAAACAAGGCUUUUUGGGAGAGACUUCAGGGUCCCAUUUAACCUACAUCUCCUAAUAUUCUAUUCAUAGAGGAAACUGAUGCCUCAUGGUCUCUGAGUACAUUUAUCCCACCAUUCAGUUCUUCUUUGGGUUUCCUGUACUAACCAUUGCAGUUAUCCUUUUCCUGCACUUUACUUCCUUGGGCUUUUUGUUUAAAUUAACCAGCUACCCAUCUCCUUUUCAAGUAGUUACAUACUAUUUCUUACCCUUAUAAGACAAAUUUAUUAAGUAUAUUACACGCUUGUACUUGGAUGAGAAAGCUGGUGAAACUUUUGUCAGGGCUAGUGUGUGUGUGAGAUUUGCAAAAUGUAAACUUAGGUUACUUCCAUAUAUUUUUUGUGAGUGGAGGUUUGGCAUAAUUAUAUAAUUCUAGUUUACAACACUCUAGUUUGACUGUUAGGUUAAUUGUAGAGCACCUUGUUAGGUCACAAAUCCAGAAGUCUGGUACUGGACUUUGCAGGUUGCUUUCUUAGUGGCGUAUUAGUUUGUAUUAGAGCACAUACUUCUCAAGAAGACUUUUUUUUCUUAUCCGUGGCUCUCUCUCCUUGAGAUUGGAUAAUAUAUUGGAUUAUUAGAGAAGUGUUAGUAUUGAAUCAAAUAGUUUUAUUUUAUCUAGACCAGGGUUAAACCUGAUGAAUUGUUUCUGCUCUCUUAUGGAGUAUAUCUUCUUGGUGACAAAGACUUUCUGCCUCUGAUUUUUAUCUUAGUCAUGGUUACAUUUAAUAAUCCUGCUUUCCAGCUUUUUUCCUAGAGAUCAGUCAUCAGUGACCUUUUGUCUUGAUACUUUGUCACCUUUUGUUUUCUGGUUUUGGGUUUUUGUUUUUUUUUUCUUUUUUAAACAUAUGUAACAUUGGCUUUUCCUGCUGACAACAGUAACAGAGUUUCAGAUCAUGUUUAUAGAAUGGUUAUUUCAUCACCUAACUAAUCUCACCUCUAGUAUAUGGAUUCUGGUAAAGUCAGUCAACAGUCUUCACAGCCUUUUCUAUUUUUACUGACCUUGAUUUAAAAUCUAAUCUUAGACCUUGAGGUAUUGCUUACGAAUAUUGUAAUAAUGAGGUACUACUUAUAACAAAUAAUGGUAACAUACUCUAGUGCGUACUAUAGGCAAAAGCUAAUGGAAACGUAGGUAGAAGAAAUGAAGUAAUAGUUAUUGAAUGCUUUUUGUGUACUGCAGAUGUGGAAACAGGAAGAGAACUAGAACUGGAAGUAAGGCAUUGAAGAUGUGACUGAAUUGCUGCAAUCUCAUGAUCAAAUUUGAAUGGAUGAGGAGUUGCUUUUUAGGGAUGAGCAAAGAAAGUGGCUUCUCGAGAUGGAAUCUACUGGUGAAGUUGCUGUGAACAUUGUUAAAAUGCCAAUAAAGGAUUUAGGAAUUACAGAAA